AACAGAUAUUAUUUAGCGCUUGUAUUAAUAUUAAUUAAUUUUUGUAAACAAGGAACUUUGUUUCCUCAUAUCAUUGGCGGCAAGGAUGCUCCCAUUGGCAAAUUUCCGUAUCAAGCGUCAUUGAGAUUAAACGGCAAGCACGUAUGCAGUGGAUCUAUCCUUGAUAAUUAUAACGUGUUAACUGCGGCACAUUGUGUUGACGGAUUGAAAUGUUCCCCGGAUGAACUAAAGGUCCAUAUCGGCACAAUCUUGUUAAACGAAUCAGGAUACGUUCAUGACGUAGAAGAUGUUAGAAUCCAUCAAAAUUACGACGAAUAUUUAAUCAUUAAUGACAUCGCUUUGAUUUACCUUAAAAGUCCGAUCAAGUACAAUAAGCUAGUGCAAGCGAUAAAUCUUACGAAAUCUGAUCAAGGUCUUGAAGGCUUGCCGUGCACAAUAUCCGGAUGGGGAGUUACAACGGUAAUAUUAAAUUCAUGAUACGUUUUUGUAAUU